GAGAGAGAGAGAGAGAGGAGGAUCGUAGGUGUAAAGAAGAUUGAGGCAUCAAAGACCAUACAAUGCCUUCUCCAGGUAAGGUGAGAGGUCAAUGAAACCAUCAACAAAUAGAGAAAAUUUGCACAGGAACAAGGAGCGAAUUUUCCCGAGAAAAGGAAAAAAAAGUUCCCUUUUCUCUGAAGGAAAAAGAACUUGAACAAAAGCUGAUUUCAGAAAGCAAACUCUCUCUCUCUCUCUCUCUCUCUCUCUCUCAGCGCUCAUCUCGCCUUCUUCUUCCAUCGGUAAAAGCUGAGAGACCACUACCUACCAAAUAAAGAAGAAAAGAGAGAAGAAGAAAACCCUCUCCUCCCCACAUGAAAAACAAAAGAUUCUUGGAUUUUGUUCUUAUUUUUCAGUAAGCCAGUACUCUACUUCCACUAUACCACCACCGGGGAAAAAGGGGUUAAUAUCGCAUCCGAUGAUAGAUUACGAUACCAUCAACAGCAACAGCAGCAGCAGAAGCAACCCCCACAACAAUCACCGAAACGGUCCAUCGUCUUCCUCCGAUCAUCUGCUCGAUAACAAUGGAUCCGCCUCCUCCGCUUCCCAGAAGAGAAAACGCAGGCCCGCGGGCACUCCAGAUCCAGACGCGGAGGUGAUGUCGUUAUCUCCGAGAACGCUCCUGGAAUCGGAUCGGUACGUGUGCGAGAUCUGCAGCCAAGGGUUUCAGAGGGACCAGAAUCUUCAGAUGCACAGGAGAAGGCAUAAGGUACCAUGGAAGCUUCUGAAGAGAGAGAACAACCAGGAACUGAGAAAGAGGGUCUAUGUCUGUCCUGAGCCGACGUGUCUCCACCACGAUCCCUGCCAUGCCCUCGGCGAUCUUGUCGGGAUCAAGAAACAUUUCCGGCGAAAACACAGCAGCCACAAGCAGUGGGUCUGCGAGAGAUGCUCCAAAGGCUACGCCGUUCAAUCCGAUUACAAGGCCCAUCUCAAGACCUGCGGCACCCGCGGCCACUCUUGCGAUUGCGGCCGCGUCUUUUCGAGGGUGGAGAGGUUUAUUGAGCAUCAAGACAAUUGCACCAUGCGACGAGCUCAGCCAUUGGCAGCAGCCGCCAUGGCCGCCACGUCAUCAAGAACCGCUUCAACAGCAAGCACUCCUUCCUCCGACACAGCCAACCUCUGCGUCGGCCCUUUGUUGCCAGGACUUCCCUUGCUAGGACCACCACCUACGUCCGAUCAACAACGAUCCACAUUGCUAUAUCCGUUGGACCCUCGACCUCGAAAUGACAACCCCGAACUCCAUCUACUGCCAUCAAGAAACGCAGAUGAAACCCACGAGACAAGUCUCGAGCUUUCGAUCGGGGUGACAACGCAAAUGGCAAGGACGUCAUUUGACAUGCAGAGGAAGAAUGGUUACGAGAAGGGAGAAACGAGUUCGAGAGCGGAGGUGAGCCUUAUGGAGAGAGGGAGCGAGCAGCUGAUGAUAGCGGAAGAGGCGAGAAGAGAAGCCAAGAGGCAGAUAGAAAUGGCGGAGAUGGAAUUUGCAAACGCCAAGAGAAUUAGGCAACAAGCACAAGCCGAGCUCGAGAAGGCGCAGAUUCUUAGGGACGAAGCCACAAAAAGGAUUAGUGCAACAAUGAUGCAGAUCACUUGCCACUCGUGCAAGCAACAGUUCCAAGCUCCGGUGGCCGCCACGUCAGCGGUUGCUCCGCCGUCAUUUGCCGCCGACGAGAGCACAUCUCUUGCCGUGAGUUACGUGUCUUCGGGGACGACUGAAGGGGAAGGCGAGUGAGUGAGAGAUAGGCAGUAAGAAGAAAGAUCUUUUCGUUUUCUUGAAAUUACCACCCAAAUUUGUACUUUUUAAAUUUCAUAAAUAAAUAAAUAAAUAAAUAAA